AUGGAUAUGCUGGUACAAGGCCCGUUGUCAACUGCUCAUGUUUGCGAGGUCACAGUUGGCACCACAUCCUUUGACGAUUUGGUGAAGGAAGUGGAUUCCCCCUCUUUCCAGGAGCAGGCCACUGGCCGCGCCCACCUAAGGGCCGAGACGGGCCACAACCGGGUCACUGGGGAGCUGCUGCCAGACCAGCUGCUAGGCGAAAGCGCUGGGCUACAACCGCCUGGUGGUGCAGCGUGGUCGUGGUACCUACAGGCUCAAGCAGCUCCAGUGCAACACGAAAAUGGCUAUGUUGAGCCAGCGAGAUCCUGCGAUUCUGGAAGUGGAGCAGGGUCCUCGGAGUGCUUCCAGAUGUCCAGUGCAUCCUUGGUGAUUUCCCACGCGGGUGCCGGCUCCAUCAUCGAAGCCUUGCGACAGAAGAGGCGACUUCUGGUCGUAGUAAACCCAGUUCUGAUGGACAACCACCAGUUGGAGGUGGCUGAGGCGAUGCAUCAAAGAGGCCAUUGUGCCAUGGCUGCAGAGCCAAAGCAGCUGCAAUCAGCACUGGCUGAGGCCGCCAAGAUGGAGAUGCAGCCCUAUCCUGCUGCGGACCUUCGUCCCUGGCAUCAGCUCUUGGAGGAACUUCUUGCUGGGUGGAGAUUGGGAGACCACAGGUGUUUCGCCAACGGGGUGACAGGGAAAAAGGAACGCUGGUUGAAAGCUGGAAUUCUCGGCGCCAGCCGCCUGGCCCAAACACGGGCCUUCUCGCUGUUGGAGCAGCUGCCCGACUAUGCAGCAGGGUCAAAAGCUCUUGCAGAAAAGCGGUUCUCAGAAGCUCUCCCCAUUUUGAAGCGAGCCGUUGAGGUGGCAGAUGCUUACUUCCCAGCCGACGCAGGUGCAGAGCUGGAUGAGUGCCACGCCUCAUUGGGCUCCUGCUUGUGGUACAUAGGCCAAUACGAAGAAGCUACGCGCGUGAUGUCCAAGAGUUCUUCUGACCACUUGAUUCUUGGGGCUGCUCUGAUACUUUUUGAGCUCGGACGAUUUGAGGAGGCCACGAAACUGACCUCCAGCUUGGCAGACGUCAAGGUCCCCGCAGCGUUGCUGCAAAGUGCCGUGCGCGUCGUUGCUGGUGACCAGGACAUUUCUGCAGAUGGAUUGUCUGGUGAAUCUGCCGCCAUGAUGAAGCUGAAUCGGCUGAUAAGUUUCGCCCAAAGUUCUGCCCAAAGUUCUGCAGCAGAACCGGGUCCGGACGGUUAUGCCACACCCUUUCAUUACAUGGCUCACAUCAGUUGGCUCGAAAAGGCCUUGAAAGACAUUCUUCGCGAGCUGGAUGAAUUGGAUGCCUUGAAGCCCGAUUCAGAGCUCAUGUUGCGCUGUACUGUUGGGGAGCUGGCGGUGAUGGCAGGUCUGAAGGACAAGUGGGUGCGCGAGAGUUUGGUAAAGACGCUGAAGGACUUUGACCGGCUGCAGCCCAAAGAUCCAUCGGGUCAAGCCGUUGUCUUCCGGGCUUUGACCGCGCUGGCGACGCUUACAAAUGCAGCGGGUGAUGCAAUUACUGCUGAAGGAUUGUUUCAUUCAGCUCAAGACCAUGUGGCGCGACAUUCUGCCCCGGGCCGAGCAGCACUUUGGCGCCGUGGGGUUGCUAACGCCUUCGCCGCCAUGUUGGAAACAGGCCGCCAUGCUGAGAAGCGGGCGCCAGAGAUCAAACGCUUGCGCGAAGCCGCUGGUGCACCCGCCGGCGCUUCCGAAAAGCGUUGGGCCUUGCUGGUGCUGCCACAGCCUUUGGCAUCCAAGGACUGCACUCGCUGUAUCACGAAAUCGAGCUUUGCUCCAGGACAGAUGUGGCUGAUGCUUGUUGCAGUUUUGUUUUGGGCACAAUAUGGCCAGGCUGUGAUCACAGUCAGCUCAUGA